AGUGGUGAGGUGAGGUGUGCACGUGUGUUCUUCUCAUCGCAGUUUGACCUUCCAUGCCUGAUAAGACGAAGCGCUCACGCACCUUACGUGAAGAUGAACACAAAGUUGUCGUGUUGAGAUCAAGUCUGUGAUACGCGAAAAAUUACGAUCAACAGCAUUUUUUUAACGUUGGUUUGUCUUCGUGUUGAAAAUUGCGAAUAAUUUCUAGUGGAUUAGAUUGAAAUGUGACAGCGGAAACUAAUGUGUUUUGUGUGUCUCGCGUGUGUUGUUGUGGCUCUUCAAUUGAUUUAUUCGCUAGAAAGACAGCGAUGAAAUUAACCUACUGACUUAGGGUGUUGUAGGUAUGCUUCUACUUUGCCUUAGUGGAUCUCGUGUAUCGAGUGAAUUUAUACAAGUGUUUUGCAACAUUCACCAACUUUGGACAGGAAUCCGAGACAAGACUCGUCCGCAGACGUUGACGUCGGCAACACAGGACUUGUGAUUGGUUUGUUGCCACCUGAAAGGAUGCUGCCUCUGAAGACUUGUUGGGCAAAAAUACCUGAUCUUUGGAUCCUCGUAUUCCUGUGUCUCUUUGUUUUGGGUUCGGCUGAGGAUGAAGUCGGCGGCGAAAAUCAGCGAUUUGCCACCGAACCGUCGGAUCAAACAGCCGUUCUGGGAUCCAUGGCGGUCUUUCCGUGCAGAGUGAUCAACCAAGUUGGCUUCGUUCAGUGGACCAAAGAUGGCUUCGGCUUGGGUGUCAUCCGCCGGCUCAGUGGCUUCGAUCGGUACUUGAUGGUAGGCUCUGAUGAAGAAGGAGACUUCAGCCUGAGCAUCUCCCCGGUGACGCUGGAGGAUGACGCGCACUACCAGUGUCAGGUGUCCUCGGUGAACGACAAGCCGCUGCGUUCCCGCGUCGCUAAGCUGACGGUGUUUGUCCCGCCUGGACCGCCCGUCCUGGCCCCGGGACCUGUGGUCCACACCACCGCCGGGGCCCGCAUCACCCUCAAGUGUACGAGUACUGGAGGACGACCAGCGCCUGAGGUACAAUGGCUCGAUGACAGCGGCUCCGUGAUCCACGAAGGCAUCCUCACGAGCCAGGAGCUGAUGGAGGAUGGUAAGCGCUUGUCCGUAGAGUCCAACUUGACGUUCAUCCCGACGCGUGACCAUCACUUGAAGUCCAUCAGUUGCGUCACGCAUCACCCCGCCCUGCCCGCCGCCCUCACCGCCUCCGUCUCGCUCAUGGUCCAAUACCCUCCCCGGGUGCAUCUCAGGCUCUACCCGCCCGUUAUACAAGAAGGGACCGAAGUCCGAGCCUCAUGCGACUCAGAAGCGAACCCGCAUGACGUCACCUACAAGUGGUUCAGAGGUCGUCAGAUGCUCGACGUGGAUGAGACUCAGCGCUCUGUCAGCCUCGGCCUCGUGUCCCGCGCUGACCACGGCACCGACGUGUCGUGUGAAGCGAGCAACGUUGUCGGCACCACCAGACAGACGUCCUUCCUCGACGUCCAAUACGCUCCAAGCUUUAUCUCGGCGCCGAGCAGCGAGAGCGCUGAGCCCAACCAGAACGCGUCCCUCAGAUGCCGAGUAGAGGGCAACCCUCAGCCUACCAUCGUGUGGACCCAUCUCAGCACUGCCACGAUGACAGGGCUGGGCGAAGAACUUGCCAUAAAGGCCGAGGAGAGCACAACAGGAGCCUACAUGUGCACUGUUACCAGCCCGGGUUUUGCACCGUUAUCGGCAACGGUGCACCUCAGGUUAAGAGGGCCACCGAGCAUCACCUCCACCUCUCCUGUUUGGGCCAAAGAGGGCGAACGGGCCGUACUCACGUGCAAAGUGAGGGCCGUGCCACAUCCUGUUGCCCUCACCUGGUUUAAGGAAGGCAUCGCUGUCUCCUCAGAUGCUGACAGGUUUACUGUAGAGGAGAAGCAAAUGGCGGACGGGGUCAUAUCGCGCCUAAUAAUCAACGUGACCCGAAAAGAAGAUUUUACGGCCUACAACUGCACCGUCGUUAACGAAUACGGCAUGGACGUGGCGCAAAUUCCUCUCAUAGAGCAACCCUCUCUGUCCACGGUAAUCAUGUUUGGCUUCGGUGCGUGCGGGAUCAUUUUGGUAGUCUUAUUGAUCGCAUUCAUCAUAUGUUGCCGAAGAAGAGGAGGCAGUUCCAAGAGAAAGAAGGCCGCUAUGAGCCGAGCAAACGAUCUUGUGAAGCCAAACGAACACCCAAUAGUGAUUGAAACGCACACCUUACCCUUGUCACCCUCGCCCCAUAAACUGAUGCCCUUAGACACCCGGUCGUCAGAUAAAGAUUCUGACAUCAAAGACGGGGAUAUGAGGACUGCUUCGUCCCUGUCUGUUGGGGACAGGGAUUCUGAUGCUGCUUUCGAGAGUGACAGGGAGCCAUCGCCUAGGAUCUUCCCCCAUCUGCAGCUUCGUGACUGUCAUCAAACAACGUUUAAAGCUGCUGAGCCUCAGCAACCAAUCACAGUGCCGCAUAGUCGUCUUAGCACCACAUCGUUCAUUGGCCCCGACGAAGGUUACGGCUCUCACGGAGCCAUUGCGACUCCCAGCAUACCAACCGCAAACAACUACAACGCGGCGGGACUUCACCAGAAAUAUUUGCACUCACAAGUUGGCAACGAACCUCCAAGUUCUUUAUCGUACUCUUUAGCUCCCCCUCCUUACACUCCUCCAACUUACGCACUCCAAAAUACCGGAGCGUCAGCUUCCUUGAAUGCUCAGCAGCACCAAACUUAUUCUUCACGGUCAGAGUUGUCUCAGCAAAUGAGAAACCACGCUCCAAAAGCCAACGGAAAUCUUAGCUUGCCCAACGGCGGAGUUGCAGGACUUAAUCUCAGCAACGGGGCCGGUAAGACGACCGCAAAUAACGGUGAUGUUUACCACAGAGCAAGAUUACCGUCUUCAACUUCGUCUAAUUCGAAUAAAUUUAUUGUGCCCAGUCAACAAUCUUCAACACCUGGCACCCUGGUGUGAUCAUCUUCUUAUAAUAGUUAAAGUUUUGUGAUUACUACAUUGUAAAAUAUUUCAUCGUUGACACCAAAUCUCAUUUGUAAAUAAAUCA